CCACCGCAAGUGUUGGAGGCAAGCUCAGAUCUCUAUAUAAUAGAUUGUCCCCGCGAUGUACUCAAUCUCCAUCAGACAAUCAAACAUCCAACAGCGUCUUCUCAUUUGUGAAGCCUUCUCCUAGUUUUCCCCAUCUUCCGUCUUCCGAUCUCCUCAGCCAACUUCCAAACUACCAAUAUGCUUUUCACUCAAGUCAUCGCCGCUGCCAUCUUGGCUUCCCUCUCUCUUGCUGCCCCCACAUCGUCCUCCGGCAAGAACACAACCACAACAUCCACGACAAGCAUUGCUUCUCCCCCAGCAACACCAGCACCCUCCUCUUCAACCCUCUCCCUCACACAACAACUCUUCCUCGCCGACACAGCAGCCGACCGCAUUGCACUCCUGCCAGAAGACAGCCAAUUCGUCUUCGACUUCGGCAACCCAGCACUCAAAGGCAAGGGUGGCAAGGGUGGAGAUCUCAUCGCCGCGAACCGCAAGACCUUCCCAGCACUCGUCGGAACCGGCAGCGGAAUGGCAGUCGGAUUCUUGGGUCCUUGUGGCUUCAACACACCUCACGUUCAUCCUCGCGGCACUGAGCUCCAGAUCGUCACCUCUGGCCGCUUGGUCACUGAGAUGCUCCCUGAGAACGGCGUCUUCAAUAACAACGCUGCCGCGGAUGGCCGACGACUCAUCACCAACACAGUUACCACAAAUCAAAUGACACCGUUCUAUCAAGGCUCUGUUCAUGCUCAGUUCAACCCCGACUGCACGCCUGCUACAUUUGUCGCAAGCUUUAAUAGUGAGGACUUUGGCGCUGGCCAGGUCGCUGACGAGCUGUUCGCUAUGAGCGCCGACGUCGUGUCUGCUGCUUUUGGGCAAGCGGUCGACGGAGCCGAUGUCGCCAAGUUCAAGGGCGCUAUUCCAGCAACCAUCGCGAAGGGUGUUGAGAUGUGCCUCAAGCAGUGCGGCAUUGCCAAACGAUAGUUUUGAGUUGCAUUUUUAUUUUUACUUUUUUAGACUUGUUGACAUAGCGAUCGGUUUUUGCAUAGCGAUCGGUUUUUGCAUAGCGAUCGGUUUUUGCAUAGCGAUUGGUUUCUGCAUAGCGGUUGGUUUCUGCAUAGCGAUCAGUUUCUGCAUAGCGAUGGCGAUUUAGCAUUUACACAGGCGUUUCUGUUGUAUUAUUAUUAGACUUGUAUACAUAAUGCUCUCACAUCUGAA